AUGGAAGAUGGUGUUUUAUCACCAGCUACCAUGAUGGGAGCUCCAGCUGAUUCCACAAUGGAUUUAGACUUCAUGGAUGAAUUGUUCUUAGAUGGAUGCUGGUUGGAAACAACAGAGGGACCUGGAUUUCCUAAUCAGAGUCCCCUCAGUUCUGGCGCUAUCAUGGACUCCUCAUUUUUCUGGCCUACAUCAGGGACCAAUGGAAAUUUCGGCAUGAACCCAUUUCAGAUCAGUAAUCAAGCACAAACACCACUGUUCAAUGAACUCCAGGAAGAAGCUCCAGCCAGUAUGCAGUCUCCUAACCAGAAUAUGACAGACGUUGUGGGGUUCUCUGGUCAAUCAGAAAAUCCUAUAAUUCAAGGUCAUGAAUUUAGUAGAGGAAUCUGGAUCGGUCCCAUAGAGAAUCGAAUUUCUGCACCAUCUGUGAUGGAGAGAUUAAAGAGGGCACUUGUGUACAUGAAAGAUGUCAUGAGAGACAAAAAUGUUCUUGUACAGGUAUGGCUGCCAGUGAAUAGAGGGGGUAGACGUGUUUUAACAACUAAUGAUCUACUUUCGUCACUUGAUUCUAGCUGUCCAAGGCUCGCCAAGUAUCACGACAUAUCUGUGAAUUAUCAGUUCUCAACUGGAGAAGAUUCUAAGGAGUUAGUUAAGGGCUUGCCUGGUCGGGUUUUCUCGGCAAAGGUACCUGAGUGGACUCCUGAUGUUCGAUUUUUCAGGAAUGACGAGUACCCACGGGUUGAUGAUGCUCAACGGUAUGAUGUACGUGGAACUCUUGCCCUUCCAAUCUUUGAACAAGGUAGUAGGACUUGCUUGGGUGUAAUUGAGGUUGUCACAACCACCCAGAAGGUGCAGUAUCAACCUGAGCUUGAAAGUGUUUGCAAGGCCCUUGAGGCUGUUGAUCUUCGGAGUUCAGAAAAUUUGAAUACUCAUAAUAUUAAGCAGGUAAAUGGCAAGCCUUACCAAGCUGUAUUACCUGAGAUCCGAGAGGUCUUGAGAUCUGCAUGUGAAACACACAACUUGCCCUUGGCACAAACUUGGGUGUCAUGCAUCCAACAAGCCAAAGAUGGAUGCCGACAUUCUGAUGACAACUACGUUCAUUGUGUUUCAACUGUGGAUCAAGCUUGCCAUGUGACUGAUCCUCAUAUCCGGGGUUUUCAUGAAGCUUGCUCUGAGCAUCACUUGUUAAAAGGCCAAGGCAUUGUUGGGAGAGCUUUUAUGACUAAUCAACCAUGCUUCUCAAAUGAUAUAACUUCCUUAGCCAAAACAGAGUAUCCUUUAUCCCACCAUGCUAGGAUGUUUGGAUUGCAUGCAGCUGUUGCAAUACGUCUACGGAGCAUCGACACUGGUUCAACUGAUUUUGUCCUGGAGUUCUUCUUGCCAGUGGAUUGCAGGGAUCCUGAAGAACACAAGAAGAUGCUAACUUCUCUGUCUUUAAUCAUACAAAAUAUCUGCCGGAGCUUACGGGUUGUCACAGACAAAGAACUAGAGGAAGAAAUAGAUUUGCCAGUCAGUGAAGUGAUCGUUCCUUCAGAUCCCAGGCCUAGUGGCAUUGCCUCUUUUGCAGAGGUGCAACAGACUGAUAAUGAUGUCUCCAUAUUCCCAAAGGAAAAGGCAAGGAAGAUGCCAAGUGCGAAAUCCUCAAAGUUGAUGCCACAAGACUUGAACGUAAAAGGUGUUGACUGUGUUGGAGAGUUUUCUACAAUUGUUGAGGGUAGCUUCUCAAGUGUUGGUGCAAGUAAGACAGGAGAGAAAAGACGUACCAAAGCGGAGAAAGCUAUCACCUUGGAAGUUCUUCGAAAAUAUUUUUCUGGUAGCCUGAAAGAUGCGGCAAAAAGUCUUGGAGUUUGCUCCACAACCUUGAAAAGGAUAUGCCGACAACAUGGAAUUAAGCGUUGGCCAUCUCGGAAAAUCAAGAAGGUUGGUCACUCCUUAGAGAAACUGCAACGUGUAAUUGAUUCAGUCCAAGGUGCGUCCAGUGCUUUCCAAAUCAAUUCUUUCUAUACAAACUAUCCAGAGCUAGCCUCUCCAAAUUUGUCUGGGACCAGUCCGUUUUCAACUUCAAAGCUGAUUGAUCGGCCAAGGCCAUCAGACGUGCCACCUGAUGGUGGUGUUUUGAGUCCCCAAGCUACUGCAUCAAAAUCUCCCUCGUCUUCAUGUAGUCAGAGUACCAGUUCAAGCCAGUGCUGUUCCAGCAAGACAGAGCAGCAUCUUCCCACAUGGAGCGUCGCAGGUAAUGAUGAUCCAAUUGUUGGAGAUAACAGAAUGUUGAAGAGGGUCAGAAGUGAAGCAGAGUUGGAUGCGCUUCGUCAAGAUGGAGUGGAUGAGCUAAUGCAAAGAUCCCAGAGCCAUAAAAAUCUAAGUGAGCAACAAAAGUUGCAGUCUUUUCAACCUUCACUGAAAUAUGAUGGCCAGAUAGCUCAAGAAGGGGAUGCUCGAAAAGUAAAAGUCACUUAUGGAGAUGAGAAAACUCGGUUUCGCAUUCAAAAUAACUGGAAGUAUGAAGAUUUGGGGCAAGAAAUAGCAAAGCGAUUUGAUUUGGAGGAGUGCCUUGAUGUAUGUCGCUCUUCACGAUGCAGUACAAUUAAGCUCUCCCUCCAGCUUUCUCGUCGGCAGUUAGAAAGGUUCUCAGGUAGCAGUGGCCCUGCAUGACGGAUUGUAACUUGUAAAAAGCUUCAUGAGUUGCAACACGGAUUGGGUGGCAGAAUAUAAUAGAAGGACACCUUCAGGUUGGAAUCUAGUCCAGGUGUUCAAACCUUGCUGCAUAAAGUGGGGAAUGAAUGAAAGUUCAUGUUUUCAAUGAAACUGUUGGAAACAGUCAGCGUUGUUAUCUGGGACCUCCAUCUUAAUCUGCAGUUAUUUGGUAUAGUGAGUUCUAUUAGCUAGCUAGUUAAUAGUUGUCUGUACAUUGUAGUGAAUGAAAACAAUUGUUCCUUUUGUUUCAAUUUUGAAAUAGGCCAUGUCUUUCUUUCUCCCCGUUCUGAUAAAUUAUUUCAAAAAUCAUAUGAUUUUGUGAUCUUUUCUACUCUUUUAUCUCUAAACACGCCAUGAUUUUGGAG